AUGAUCAAUGUGGCGGUGGCUGCAUCCCUGGAAAAAACUAUGGCAAAAGUGCUCCCAGCUGCCUCAAGUCGGUUACUACCCAUGGCAGGGAAGACUCAAGAGUCCGAUGACUCCUCCAAAGAGAGGACACACCCGGCAAAACAUCAUUGGAAGGGCGAGGAUUCCAGAAAAGUAAGCGUUUACCUGGGAUGAUUCCUUGGACGAGGACAAAGAUAUGCCCCACUCCCUCUCCAUCUUGGAUGAAUGGCAGGCAGAGAUCUCAAACUCCGACGAAGGCGAUUGGGGCUCCAACACCUAUGUCAGGGAGACUUUUCUGGGUGAGCCCCAGAGUAAAGGAGAAUGCGGAAACUACUACAAUGUCCGCUACUCAGGACCAGGAGGUUUUUCUAGAUGCCACGGGUCAGAGGAUGUUCAACCCUAGAAAUAUGACACCACCGCCCCGGGGAUUGGGCUCCUCCAGAACACCUUAAGUUCAUGCACUUCUGGAUCCCCAAACACGUCUGCAAACUGAUGAGGGCGGAAUGCCCCAUGCCAUCCCUCCCCGGAUACGGUGGAGUUCACGCUGGAAUUUGACCAGCUCAUGCUGGCCUUUAUGGAACGAGGUGGUCGCGACCCUCCCAGAAGGAGUUGAAUAAACAGGUGAACAUGUUCACCUCUUUGAACAGGGCCCACACCUCCAUGCGCAAGGCCUUUCGAGGUAACCCUUUCAGGGGUGUUUUUUCCAGGGCUGGUCGGCAACGAGGCCGUGCCACCAGCCGAUUUUUGCCCAUCAGGCCACCGAAUGGGACACCCCCCGCAGUUCUAUCCACAACAAUUCUACCCGAGAACGGGCACGAGACAAUACCCCUAAUACCAAAAGGGACCUACGUUAACCAUGACUUCUGGCCAUAUUUCAUUUUUUAUUUUAUUUUUUCAGAAUUUGGAAAAACUGUCCACAGAUGCAUGGGUGUUAGACGGUCAAAGGUUACAACAUAGAACUACAGACUUUAUCCAUACAGAAGCUUCUCCGCCAUGGACGCUCAUCUUAAAGAAUUGGAGCGCAAUCUAAUCCGCGCUCGGACGAGGGGGAUUCUUCAGCAACAUGUUUCUCGUCCGCAAGAAAACCUGAAACUUCAGGCCAGUGAUCAAUUUGAGGGAACUAAACGCUCACGUUACAUACUGUCACUCGUAGUAAUCCACUUCCUACGAGACCUCCUACAAGAAGGGGACUGGUUUACGCGUCUAGACCUCAAAGACUCAUACCUGUCGAUCCCAAUUCACAAAGACAGUCGUCCUUUCCUUCAGUUCCUAUGGCAAGGUUUCCCACGACAGUUCUCUUGCCUCCCUUUCAGGCUCAGCUCUGCACCAUGGUGUUUCACAAAUUUGCUGAAACCGGUGGUAGCCCAUCUCGGAACACAAGGGAUCCGAUGCAUCAUUUACCUGGACGACAUGCUCCUGUUUUGCAGAACGAGCGACCUGGCAUCACAACAUACUGAUUCUACGGUACAAUUAUUGGAAUCUCUGAGAUUCAUUGUCAACAGGGCCAAGUCCACACUGACUCCCACUCAAACAAUUCAAUUCUUGGGCUUCGAAAUAGACUCCCGGUCCGGCACGCUCCACCUCCCGUCUUCCAAAGUGACGGCCAUCAGGAAAGAGAUCGGCAGGGUGCUCAAGUUCAAUUCCAUCCCGCUCCGACAGCUAGCUCAGAUCAUUAACCUACUUUCCGCAUUCCAAGCCAUAUUUCCAGGCCCUCUGCACUACCGUACCAUGAAACGGCUGAAGACUUUCUUCCUCAGAUGGAACCCCACAUACAACCAGCUGGUUCUGCUGACGGACGAGGUGCGCCAGGAAUUCGAAAGGUGGCUCAACUGCAUGCAAGUAUAGAAUGGUCGAGCCAUAUUUGGCAACCACCCGGAUUUCAUACUUGAAUCAGACUCAAGCCGAUGGGGAUGCAUCCACAGGAGGAACACUGAUGACCCGGGAGCACAUGAUGCACAUCAACUGCCUGGAGUUGUUGGCUGGAUCAUUCGCUCUCCGCAGCCUAGCAAAAGGACAAUCCAACUGUUGUAUUCUGCUUCGGAUGGACAACGUCUUUGCUGUACGCUACAUCAAUCAUCUGGGAGGGAUUCGCUCCCAGACAUUGUGUAACAAAGGACAUUUUUGACUUUUGCCUCGCACCAGGGCCGAACAUCUACCAGGAGAGUCGAAUCUUACAGCGGAUUGAUACUCCCGACGCUGGAGAGACGCCAGCGUCUGGCAAUUAAAUACACCGUUAUUUGCUUGCCUUAACUAUUGGAUCUGUUUGCUUCGCGCAACAAUCAACAACCCAGGUUUUACAGCUGGCUCCCAGCCCCGGAAUGCACAGCGGUGGAUGCCUUUACCCAACAGUGGCCGACACAAGGGGCUUAUGCCUUUCCUCAACAAUGAUUGCGAGAGUACUACGGAGACGGGAAAUUACGAUAACCCUUCUGAUGCCACUAUGGCAGAGCCAACACUGGUUCCCAGACCACCUCAACAUGUUUCGCGAGGAUCCAAUUCUCCUGCCGGACGACUCAACCCUACUCCGGGACCCAGUGGGGAACACACACCGUAUGCUUCUAGACAGACGCCUGUCCUUAGUGGCCUGGACUCUUUCAGGGGAGCAUGGUGUACCAACAAUUUAUCGUCAAUGACUAAAGACCUACUCUGGGACUCCUGGGCCCCAGGAACACGAAAGUUACCCAUCUGCCUGGCGAUCUUUGACCAGUUGGUGCGUGGGACGGGACCUUUAUCCCUCUACAGCUCCUGUUUCGGCGAUCAUGAACUUCCUCUCUUCAAGGAAGUUGUCAUAUCACGCCAUCAUGUACCGUCCCAGGGGAGAGCGGUUGGUAAAGACCCCCUGAUCUGUCGACUAUUACAAAGCAUCAAACUGAGAUGGCCUCCAGCUCCCAAAUAACCUCUAUGCGAUGUGGAUGUGGUACUCCAAUUCCUGAGAAGAUGGCCACCUAAUGAACUUCUAUCCUUACGACAUGACAGCCAAAUUUACCUUCCAACUGUGCCUAGUCUCAUUCCAAUGAGUCUCGGACGUACGCGCAUUCGAUACGGAGUCCUUUACUAUCUGCCCAGAAGGCGUCACAUUCUGCAUUUCACGACGGACUAAAUCCGAUUUGUCUUCUGUCUUCUACCAGUUCCUUGCCUCGGAUCCUCAACUAUGUGUGGUUGCGACUUUGCGGGCAUCUUUGAUGGCUACGAAGACAUUACGCUCGUCAACAUCCCGGCAACUACUGGUGUCAGCCCUCACGGUCCGGUUUCGGUCACCAUACUGUCCAGAUGGAUUAGAUGGCUCAUCAAUCUAUCUUGAAUAGAGUCUACUUUUGGUGCUCACUCCGUUCGAGGAGCAGCGGCAUUGUGAGCAUUUAUGGCAAGCGCGUCUCUUUCAGAUAUCUUACAAGCGGUGGAUUGGUCUCACAAAUUUACGUUUUGGACAUUCUACGUCCGUCGUCUAACACCGCGUUUUCUCUUCUUCCUAAGCAUUAAAAUUGCAAAAUAUGAAGCCUCCUCUCAUGUUGUAAAAUUGAAGAUUAUGCUAACGCAGUGUACUAAUAAUCUUAAUUUUAAUAAUGACAGGAGGCGAGUAUUCCCCUCCCCUCCCCCUUUUUUUUUUUUUAAUGGAUAUUCCCAACCCUGGUAUGAGGUAAGUUACAAAGUCUUAGGAUGUUCACGAAUUCUAGUUCUGGGUUAUGUCUAUUUACUUGCAUGUGAACUAUUAUGGGUUGUGUAUCUUGUUCUUGCAUGUGUGAUUGCCUCUUUUGUGAUGAUACCUUAUGGUUAUAUAACUUGGUUACUAACAUCAGCUUAAGUAUGCUCAGUAAUAUAUUCGUAUGGUCGGUUCUGUAUCACUGAAACUAGUCUCUUCUUUCAGCUUAAAAAGUCCUCAGCAUCGAUGGGAGGAAUUCAUUUUCCUUACCGUUUUCAAGUUAGAUUUCUUACAAAGUUAACCGAUUAGUUAUGGACUUGUGAUGUUGAAUUUGACAAGAGGAAGUGAUCUGGUGCGCUUUCACUUAUAUACACUCUGACAGUUUUCUGAUUGGUUAUUUAUGUCAACAGUUUUUUCUUUUUUUUUUUUUUUCUUUGCUGCUAUGGACUUAGUAAAGAAAGUUAAUGCAAAAUACUUGUCUCCUGUCAUUAUUAAAAUUAAGAUUAUUAGUACACUGCAUUAGCAUAAUCUUCAAUUCUCCAAGAGUAUGCAAACCAUUGAGCAGAACUGUAUGUACGGUGACUAUUUCUGUUCAUACAUUAUUCUUUUAGUUAAAUCCUGUUCUUGUGUGAUGUAAAUCAAGAGAUUUACAAAACAGUACUGCAUUUUCAAAGGUAUUUCUGCUAAACGGUGUUUUGUAAGUUGUUUAAUUUAAUUUGGUUUAUAAAUUGCCUUGGUGGUAACUGUUAAAGGUGUGGUUGGUGUUAAGGACAUUAUCUUUAUUUUUGGACCUAUAGUCUUUGAUCAAGUGGCUAAAUUUGGAUUUCUGAUCUUUCUACCAAAACCCCCCCACAAAUUAAAGUUAGAAAAUUGUAAACAUUUUUUCAUAUAUCUGUAAAAAUAGUACUCCAUAUUUUGUAACACUGAUGUGUACAGGCCUUGUGUUAACUCCUUAAAGACAAAGGCUCUUUUUGAAAUGCAACAUGUUUGUGCCCAGGGCCUUUUUGGCACUAGUAGAAAACACUGGCCAAAGUAAGCAUUCUAAUUUGUAUGUGUGUGAAUAAUGGAAAAAACAGAUCUGAGCGAUAAUUUUGGCCAGUGUUUGUGACUAAGUGGCUACUAAAAAGACUGGACAUACCUCAUUUGCAAUAACUUGGGUUGUCUACUUUUGCAAAUGGUAUGCCAUCAUGGGGGUAAUUCUCAUUCCUGUGCUACUAUACGGUCUCAAAGGCAACAUAACCAAUCUGGCAAAUUUUAAUGUGAAAAAAUGGAAAUGCAAAUCUUGUAUUACACUCUAACUUUUGAAAACACCAUAAGACCUGUACAUGGCGGGUACUCAAGAGACUUUGCUGAACACAAAUAUUACGGUUUCCAAACAUUACAACUUAUUUCAACAAUAUAGUCCAUGAAAGUGCCGUUUGUGUCUGAAAAAUGCAAAAACCUGCACUUUCACAGACUAUCGUUGUUGUGAUAGGUUUUACAGUUUUGAAACUCUAAUAUUUGUGUUCAGCAAAGUCUCCCGAGUAAAAUCGUACCCCCCUAUGUACAGGUUUUAUGGUGUCUUGGAAAGUUACAGGGUAAAAUAUAGGGCUUGCAAACCAUGUUCUCUGGACUUUUUGCCUGCGUUGUCAGGCAAGUCCCUCAAAUUGUAAUUAAUGAAAUGACUUAAUCAUGUAAAAAUAUAUGUAGAAUUUAAAUAUAUAUAUUUAUAUAUAAACGUGUGUGUGUGUGUGUAUGUAUGUGUGUGUAUAUAUAUAUAUAUAUAUAUAUAUAUAUAUUAUUAUUUUUUUUUUUUUAAGUUUUGUGUAUAUAUUUGUAUUUAGAACGUCAUGCUAAAUGUAUUGAUUUAAAUAUGUAUUAAUAUCAAAAUACAGUUAGAGCAAAAGUAUACAGGUAUUUUUUGAAAUUUUUAAAAUUUUAUUUAUUUUUAAUAAAAAAAAAUAUAUAUAUAUAUAUAUAUAAUAAACUUCAUUGUAAGUGUAUUGUAAUAUAUAUAUUUAAAAUACACUUAGAAUAUAUAUAUAUAUAUAUAUAUUCCAAGUAGUUUAACUUUAUUAAACUUUUUUUUUACUUUACAAACAUUUUUACAGGCAGCAGGGGGACAGCCUGAGAGCUCAGGCAGUCCCCCUGCUGGCACUGCAUGAGCCGGCUGUUCCGGCCAUGUGAUUGCAAGGACCCUGCGCCGGAUCGUGCAGCUCCCAGGCAGCCCACCGGUUUGCGACCGGCGGGGACCCAGUAAGUCCCCUAGACGGCAGGGACGUUCUAUGCCGGCCUUUAGGACCGCUCAAAAGAGGACUGCAUAGAACGCCUGCUAUCCUUAAGGGGAUAAAGUGCCCGAUCUGUCAAUUGUUUAGAAGCUCUAAAACAAAUAUUGCAAGGUAUGACUUUGCUAUAUUUAGCAUGCAGAGAUUACAACUUUUAAAAUAGUCACAGAAUCCAAAACUGCCAUACACUAGUAAAUAUUUGUAGAAAGUACAUUCCCCUGGUUAUAUAACAAAGAACAUUUUGACACUUAACAAUUUUAUCCAAACCUUGGUCAAAAUAAUUUUUUAUUUAAUUUUGGUUUGGUGUUUUUACUCCUACAACCCCAUAAUCCUACAAUCUGACAUGAGCAGAUGUAUUUCCCAGAUCACCCCGUUCAGACAGCUCUGUAAUGUAUGAUUGCAUUAUGAGUGACUUCAGCUGGCAAAGUUCAGCACCGAUCACUUUUCAGAGGGACAUGCAAGGACACCCGGCCAGGGUCUUUUCGAAUCCUGGGGGUCUCCCUGCAUGUACAUUUAAGGCAUGACAAUUUAUGUCCGUCAACGGACUUCAGAGUUUUGCACUGCAUAGACCUUCAUGUUGGCCUUGGUUAAAGGGUUACUCUGAGCAUCAAAACCACUUUAACUUAAUGAAGCCAUUUUGGUUUAAAGAUCAUGUUCCUGUCUCACUGCUCAAUUCUCUGCCGUCCAGGAGUUGAAUCACUUGUGUUUAUGCCACACCUCCAUGAGUAGUGACUCAAUCUGCCUCCAUGAAAAAAUUAAAUUUUCAAUCUGAUGUGAUGGCACAGUGCAUGUACUUUAUAGGUUUUUAUCUACUACUCUAUUGAACUUUUAACUCUAACAGAAGACUCACGCAGUGUGAAAGUUACGUACAGGUUUGCAGUGAAAAACACGUUUUCCAUAAAAUAAGGAAUAGAAUAGAUAAUGUAGGUAAAAGUAUGCUGUGAGUUUGCCGUAAAACAUUAUAUAAGCUAGAAAUUAAGGAUAAGCAUUAAACGUUAAGAAAUACUUAAGGAUCACUAGCUUGAUGACUUAAAGGGACACUAUGGUCACCAGAACAACUACAGUUUUCCUGGCUCAGUGCUGCACAGUUAGGCCAGGAAGCACAGCACUGCCGAUUAGUGUCUCCACGCUCUGCAUGGAGACGCUGAAUUUUCCUCAUAGAGAUGCAUUGAUUCAAUGCAUCUCUAUGAGGAGGUGCUAAUUGGCAAAACGGCAUGGUUGUGUUCCUGACCCUAUAGUGUUCCUUUUAGUUUUUCUACCCUAAUACAAAACAAAUGCAUACAAAAAUGGCUUGUGUAGAAUUGAUGAGUCAUUUUAAAUAAGUCUGAACGUAAAAGUAACUAUUUACGCCAUUUUAGGCAAUGUAUCAGCUGUUUUAUGUAGUUUAAUAUGCAAGAUCAACAAUAAGCUACUAAGACUCCAUUCUAGAAUUAACUGAACAUAUAUUUGAGCAUUGGAAAGUUACUAGAUGUCUGUUUCUAGAGUAAAUUGCAAGUCACUCUUGUCUUGGAAUGGGUGCAACAGGGCAACUGACACGAAACACACCAGCCACAACCAAGUUUUAAUCUUAGAUAAGAUGUUCUAGUGCUCACCAUCUGUCAGCCAAAUAGGAGGGUGUUUACCUUGCAUGAUCAAAUGUGACUUAAAGGUGCAAAUGAAAAAUUACUAAAAUAUAUGUAGUGAAGUUAAGAAACCCAAUACAUUAUAGAUAUGUUUUUUUUGUGAGGAUAUAAAAUUGCCAUACGUAUAAAGUAAAGAUAUUAAAUCACUAACACCAUAGAAAUAUGUCAAACCAAAUGCUGUUUGUAGCAUAUGCUGAGUCAUGUUCUUUAACUGGAGGAAAAACAUGCUAUUAACAGAGCAGGAGAUAAGAAAUUCUAAAUUAAACACUGUGCAGUAAAGGAAGUUUGAAAGUGUGUAUGGAGACUGUGUAGGACUCAUGCAGCGGAGGUGUGACAAUGGCUGCAUAAACCAAGAUUUAACUCCUAAAUGGCAGAGAUUUGAGCAGUUAGACUGCAGGGACUUGCUUCACUAUGCAUUAAACCACUUCAUUUAAGCUCAAGCUGUUAUGGUGUUUAUAACCAUAUAAUUUUAUAAGCAAGUAUAGUCUUUCUAAUGUGGUGCAAUAAUAUGAAUCCUAGGACAGUAGGGUAAGAGUAAGUACUCAUGCAUACUCCAGUGUACAACACUAAGGUCUUUGCAAAAUCUUGCAAGACUGUGGGAUCCUCCAUUGACUUUUUUUUUUUUUUUUUUCUGCAGCUGUUAGUAGUGAUGGCUGGGGGAGAUUACAAAACUUGAAAAGUUAGCUCCACCUUUUGUUAAGCGGAAAAAAAAUACAAAGAGUAUUGCCUACUUUGUCUUUGUAUAGAUUUUGAUCACCUUGCAAUUUCAGUGAACGCCGUCAAUGAGCGUAUUUCAUAAAGUGGUGAUAGAGCCACUUUAAGUGUUGGAUAUAUACAAACCGUUCUUGUGUGCCAUAUCUUUAGAUUGUCUAUUAUGUUUUUAUGAAAUUAUAAAAUGUCACAUGUUUAAAACUGCUUUAUAAUUCGAAAGAGUUAAUCAAUUUAUGCUUCUCCAUAGUAAUGGAAUUUGGAGAACUUUCUUUGGCUUGGAUACUUUUUAUUCUGUUCAGUUGGUUGUUACUAUCAAACAUUGUGUUCAAGGACAUUUUAAAUUUAAACUUACUUUGCUAGAUAUUGCUUUACAAUGAGGGCUGAAUAAAAAAGGGGUUGUGCUUGGCCAUCUUGGUCUGCUAAACUUUUUCCUGUUUAUUAAUUUAUUUAUUGCCUGUUUGCUUUUUGACUUUAACCCCUUAAGGACGGAGCCAAAUGUACACGUUGUGAACAAAACAAAAUUUAAACAAAACCUGGCAUUUGCGCUACAUGUCUGUCCAACCGUAAUUCACCUCUUUCAUAUUAAAUGCACCCACCCUUAUUAUAUAUCAUUUUAUUCAGGGGAAACAGGUCUUUCAUUUAAUAUCAAAUAUUUAGCUAUGAAACAUAAUUUAAUAUGAAAUAAAUUGGAGAAAAUAAGAUUUAUUUUGAUUAUUUUAGUUCUACAUGACAUUUUAACUGUCAAUGUCAUAAUACUGUUUGCUUUUACUGCAAUAAAAUACACAUCUUUGUAUUCAGCAAAGUCUCACGUGUAAAACAGUGCCCCCUAUGUACAGGUUUUAUGGCGUUUUGGGAAGUUACAGGGUCAAAUAUAGCACGUUACAUUUGAAAUUGAAAUUCGCCAGAUUACUUACGUUGCCUUUGGGACUUUAUAGUAGCCCAGGAAAGAAAUUUACACCCAUAAUGGCAUAUCAUUUGCAAUAGUAGACAACCCAAGGUAUUGCAAAUGGGGUAUGUCCAGUCUUUUUUAGUAGCCAUUUGGUCACAAACACUGGCCAAAGUUAGUCUUAGUAUUUGUUUGUGUGUGAAAAAUGCAAAAAACGCCAAUUUUGGCCAGUGUUUUGACUAAGUGGCUACUAAAAAAGACUGGACAUACCCCGUUUGCAAUACCUUGGGUUGUCUACUAUUGCAAAUGGUAUGCUAUCAUAGGGGUAAGUUUCAUUCUUGGCCUACCAUAGGGUCUCAAAGGCAACGUAACCAAUCUGGCGAAUUUUAAUGUGAAAAAAAUGAAACACAAGCUUUAUAUUUGACGCUGCAACUUUUGAAAACACCAUAAAACCUGUACAUGAGGGGUACUGUUGUACUCGGGAGACUUCGCUGAAAAAGUAUCGCAGCAAUAUUGUCCGUCUAAGUGCUGUUUGUGCGUGAAAAAUGCAAAAAACUUCACUUUUACUGGCGAUAUCAUCGUUGUAAUACAUUUUACUGUUUUGAAACACUAAUAUUUGUGUUCAGCGAAGUCUCCCGAGUAGAACAGUACCCCCCAUGUACAGGUUUUAUGGUGUCUUGGAAAGUUAUAGGGUUAAAUAUAGUGCUAACAAAUUAAAUUCCCUUUACUUUCGGCAUGGGUUGUCAGGCAGGUCCCGCUAAUUGUAAUUAAUUAAGAUACCUAAUUAUAUUACAUAAAUAUAUAUGUAGAAUUAAUAUAUGUAUAUAUAUACGUAUGUGAAUAUAUAUAUAUAUAUAUAUAUAUAUAUAUAUAUAUAUAUAUAUAUAUAUAUAUAUAUAUAUAUAUAUAUACGUGUGUGUGUAUAUAUAUUUUUUAAUCUUUUUUUUAUAUAUAGGUGUAUAUAUAGUGAUAUACGUAUAUAUUUAUGUAUAUAGAUAUAUAUUAUUUCAUUCUACGUGUAUUUUGAUAUAAAUAUAUAUUAUCACAAUACAGUUAGAACGAAAUAACACACAUCUAUAUUUUUUUUUAACGUAUUUACAUAUUUAAUUUUUUUAUAUUUUAUAUAAAUAUAUAUAACUAUAUAUUUCAUCAGUAUCAGUCUACGUGUAAUAAUAUAUAUUAAUAGUAAAAUACACUUAGACAGUAUGACAGUAUUUGUGUGUGUAUAUGUGUGUGUAUAUAUAUAUGUAUAUGUAUGUGUGUGUAUGUAUAUAUAUAUUUAUUUUUUUUUACACUUAUUUAACUUUUUAAAAUUUUAUUUCUAGCCAGCAGGGGGACCACCUGUCAUUACAGGCAGCCCCCUUGCUGGCAAUGCAGGAGGCAGCUAUCCCGGCCAUGUGAUUGUGAGGUCCUCGCAAGGACCUCACUCUCACAUGGCUGUGGGGGCUGCCAGGGGGUCGGACGUGCCGCGGGGGGCUCCCUGGGAGUCCCCCCAACCGCGAUCGCCGGCGUGGGAUCGCCAGCGACCGGGUAAGUAUAGAAAGACCGGAGGGCGUACUAUUAUGCCCGGCGGCGUUUAGAGCUGCCUAAAAUAGGCCGUAAUAGUACGCCCUCCGGUCUUAAGUGGUUAAAGGAUCACUAUAGUGUCAGGAAAACAAAGCCGUUUUCCUGACACUAUAGUGCCCUGAGGGUUAAAACCCCUUCAGCAGCUUACCUUUAUCCAGCUCCGGGCUCCCUCGGCGCUGGUGACCUCUCCUCCCCGACCGUCAGCUCCCUAGUGAAGCGGAAUGCGUGUGCGCGGCAAGUGCCGCGUGCGCAUUCAAAGAGUCUAUAGGAAAGCAUUUCUCAAUGCUUUCCUAUAGAGGCUCUGCGCGAUGGAUGCAAAAUUCACAUCCAGCAUCACAGAUGCGCCUCUGAAGUGGUCUGUCCCUUUAACUUAUCAUAUCUGUAAGAAUCUUUGUUUACAGUUUGAACUGGAUAUGCUUCCUGCUUAGCCAUCCAUCACUAUUCCGUCAUUGGUAACAAAGCCCUCCAACAAAUUGCUGGGGUUUAUUUUGUGUACUGUUGGAUGCAUUUUAUCAGUAUGCAAUUGUACCUUCAUUUUAAUAAGCUAACUUAGUUGAAGAAAUAAAAAUAUAAAGUUUUAUAUGAUGCGUAAAACUGCAUCUAUAUUUUUGUUGGAGGGUAAAGCUGCAAGAGAAAUGUUAUCUUUUGUAAAUGAGCCACUUUCAAAAAUCGGUUGAAAAGAGCACCAUACACUUUUAAAGUAUAGUUUUACUUAACUAAUUAAUGGAAAAACAAAUUUAAUAACGAAAGCAGUAUUUUUUAUUUUGUUUAGAUUACAUCAAAUUUAGUUUUCGGUAUCAGAUAGCCAUAUAGUGUACAGGGGUGACAUUCUUCCAUCUUUAAGACCUUUUUUUCACUUUAUAUUCUGUUACCUCUAGACAUUGUGUAAUGUCAUGUGUGUGGUGUUCAUCUGAGGUUAUAUUGACCUAAAUUUAAGACCUGCUAAGGAACUGGUGAUUGUCCUGAUAUGUAAAACAUGGCAUUUAAAGAGGGUGUACUUUCUUUUUUACUUGACUUUAUGUGCAGCAAUACCGUCCUGAAUAGCAAAGACAUGGAAGGGAGACAUCUCCAACAUCAGUAUUGGUUAAACUAUAAUCUAUUUUUGCUCCUCUGGAAUAACUUUUAUCAUCUGUAACUUAACUUUCUUUAAACAUGGUCCUACAAUGGAACUUUUUCUAGUUGCCAAGAAUCUUCCCCUCUAGACUGACUUCUUUGAUUUGUACCUUUUCGUAUUCCUUUUACAAGUUUAUUUUAUUUUAUUUUUUUAAAUUGUCAUCUUUGGUAAAAUUUUGUAUUUUGAUAACUUUCUUAUGAUCAUAAUUGAUAUCCACAGAGAGUUUCAACCCUUUUUAUUCUAAAAAAAUCUGAUCGUUGUCAAAUUGAUAUUGUUUAUUUUUAACUUUUAAUCUGUAAACUAUUAAAACAAAUUUUUCUGAGAAAUAUUUCACUGUAAAAUGUUAAGAAAUUAAAUUUAUGCCUAUGUGUUUGUGAUCUUGAUUCUUGAGCAGUCUUGGAAAGUAGUGCACAAUGGAACUUAAAGGACCUCUAUAGUGCCAGGAAAACAAACUAGUUUUCCUGGCACUAUAGGGUCAUUAGGUCCCCCCCACCCUCAGGGCCACCUCCCGCUGGUCUGAAGGAGUUAAAAACCCCUUCAGUUACUUAUCAUUCUCCAGCGCCGGGGAGCUCUCCUCCCUCUGCCAAAGUCUGCUCCGAAAGCACAUGCGUGGCAAGAGCCGCGCGAGCAUUUGAACCGUACAUAGGAAAGCAUUAUUCAAUGCUUUCCUAUGGACAUCCAGCGUCUUCUCACUGCGAUUUUCAGUGAGAAUCGAGGAAGCGCCUCUAGCUGCUGUCAGUGAGACAGCCGCUAGAGACUGGAUUAACCCUCAGUGAAACAUAGCAGUAACUCUGAAACUAUGUUUUCAGCUGCAGGGUUAAAACUAGAGGGACCUGGCACCCAGACCACUUCAUUGGCCUGAAGUGGUCUAGGUGCCUAUAGUGGUCCUGUUUUCAGACUGAGAAACCCUUUGGGAGAUCCCUCCCCAAUUCAAAGUAUAUAUUCUAAACUAGUGUUGGAUACCCCUAGUCCAAAGGACACAUUGUUCUUAUCAUUAGGAACAACCAUGUAGUUAUGUGUGCUAGUAUGCAAGCUGGAGAUUUUGAAAACCGAACUAUUUUCAUCAUAAUACUAGACAAACACUGAGAAAUACACCAUCACUUAAGGUUAUAUUACCAUGUUUGCCUAUGUGGUGCACUGCCCUUAGGUCUAGCUGAAAAUUUAGUUCAGUUAAGACUGGACAGUCUUACUUUCUAAGUCCCGUUGAAGAUGGACCCCAUGCUGUAAAAAGUCUGUUUAUCCUUGGGAAAAAAUGCCUUCCAGCCUUGUGUCCAGCCAUGGCUAGACAUCCGUUCAUGAUACAAAUUUUUCUGAUCCAAGCAUAUUUCAAAAAAGGAUUUCCUAAGAUAACUGUCACACCAAUCUAUAGGGAAUUCUAGAAAUAGACAUACAAAUUCAUUGUUAAGAAAUCCUAAAAUGCUAAUUCUUUAAUGUUUUGUAUUUAAUAUAGUAUUGGCUUUGAUGUUCAAAUUUCAUUUUUCUCUUUAGAGUUGAUGGUUAGAGUUCAAGAAUGUGUAUCUUUAUAGUAACUAAAAAAAAAAGUUAAUCUUGUUCAGUUCAUCCUCCUAUUAAAUUGCUGUUUUCAAUAAAUUUUAAAUUUUGCAGUUUUUUACUUUUUUGAGCAAACCAGGCUAUGCAGAUACAUUUUGUAAUUAGUGUGGCAAAAAUAAUUAUGUAAAAAGUGUAAAGACAGUACUUAUAUUAUUUAUUUCACAAUACCCGCCACGUUCUAAGCAUUUAGGGAAAUUUAAGUCUCUAACUACAGCUUUAAAUACUCCUUAUUAAAGCAGCGUUUAUUUCGACAUCAGGUAAACCUUGUGAAUUUUAAUCACUUAUCCACAACUUGAACUUUGCCCCCAAUAUUUUCACAAUUACUCAUUGAAAUAACUUCACUGAGAUAUACAGUCAAAAGUUGCUUUUGUAUUGCUAAAUGUGAUGGUUAUUUACAUUGGUCCGCAAACAUUCAGUAGCAAACCUGCAGUUGCGUAAGAGUGGUUUUUAAACACAUGUCGGCAGUUUAAUUGGCUACACCAUGUGAGUACAUAUAUUUUCUAGAAGGUUCUUCACAAUUCUGUUUAAUAUUACAAAAUCUAAGAUGGCUGUUAAAUUUGAAGAAAUUAGAAGAAAUUUUUGGGAAGUUUGAUUACAAACUCGAUAAAUACUCUUAACCUAAACACACUAAUAAAAAAAAGAGGUGUGAAUACUAUUUGUGGAUCCAUAUAUUAAGGAAAAGUCAAGUAAUUUCCAAGCCACCAUAAGAAUAUUUAAAGUGAGUAGGACAGUAAGUUGUAGACUUAUAGUUCAUUUGUGGCUAAUGCAAAAAUCUAGCACCAUUACGUUUUCAAAUAUAUAAAUAUAUAUAUAUAUAUAUUUAUAAUAUAUAUUUUGCCUUUCAUUAAAAAAAAAAAAAAAAUCACAUUGGCAUAAGAAAGGUCUAAUUUUUGAAGACCAUAUUGCCCUUUUUGUGAGAAUAAAUUAGUAUUUAUACAUAGUCAAUCUUUUAUAACUAGUCAAUUUAUUAUGAAGAGUUUUUAUUUGUAUGUUUUAAUGCUGUUAUGUAAUGCAAUCACAAUUUUUGGAAUUAUGUAAUUUUUUUAAUAACCAAAAGAAAAAUAUAUUAGGCGCAAACAUUUUGACAUUUAUGGGUGGUUCUCUAUAAAGAGUAAUUCUGGUAAAAUCUUAAAGUGAAAAUUCCAUGGCAACAAUGGAACAUUCAAACUAACCCAGAAAUAGAACUGCCCCAUUGUUUCUUUUGCAUAACCCUGUUGAAGGAUCAAACUGCUCUAAUUGAUUUGCAGAAUUUACUUUGUUGAUAUAUAAAUUAGGGUUGGCAGUAUUUAAUGAGGUAGAAUUUUAUGGCAUUGGAAAAAGAUGCAAGAUCUUUUAUAUCUUGGCUAUUUUGUUGAGUAAGGGCUUUUGUCCCCCCUUCAUUCAUUCCAUUUUUUUCUGGCUAGCUCUGCAAGGCUUUCUCUCAAGAUUAAUGCAAUGCAGUAUGUUAUGUUGGUUCUGUACCACUAUUUUUCAUAUUUUAACUAUAAGUUUAUUCCCCACAGUUUCUAGAUUAUAAAAAAAAGAGCAAUUUAAAAAUAUAUAUAUUUUCAAGUGUGAAAAUAUUUUCUUGCUUGAUUAAGUGUGUGUGAUUUGUUGAAUUUAGGAUUCUACUCUCCCCCUCUGUGAAUGGUUUAACCUGUUUAGACAGAAAGGCGUUGAGGCUGGAUUUUUACAGCUCAAUCUAGAUAAAACCGGUUUGAGGCAGUUCCCAAAGGCUACAGUCCUGUGUGCUAAUGGAGAUGUGAUUUCGUUUGAGAUUGGUCUCACAAAUCUUGUUUGCAGACAGUAUUUAAUCAUUGUGAUGGCAGCAAAAUGUGGUUUCCAAACUUGGCUUAAAUAAAAAUGCAGCAGAAAAUGCCUCAGCGAAGGAAUUAAAUACUAAAUAAAAGCAAAUGAUAGGUCUAGCUGUUUGUUUCCAAUUGUUUUAUGAUAGAUUAUAUCUAUCUCUCUAUAUAUUUAUAUUCUCCUAAAACAAUUUAUAAAAAAGCUAAUUCAAUUUUAUUCAACAAAAUAUUUUGACCUUGAACAUGUAACUUAUUUUUUUUUUUCUAACCAAUUUUCAAAAGGCUUAAUGUUCAGCAAGAUGUAUCCAUUUUGUUUCUAAUUCUGGGGUGGGGACACAUGCAUUAUUGCUUUGUCAUUUAUAGCUAAAUAUUACCUCUAUAUUAUAACGUUCGAUACAACUUUAUUCUUUUUUAAACUGCUUUGUAGAUGGAAGGAUAAUAACCAUUAUCUUAAAGGUGUCCCAUUACUGUCCCUCUUCUUGACUCUUUUGUACCUAAUAAAAUAGGUGUGUUGGUGAAAUGAGGCCAUAAAAUGUUUAUAUCAAGCAAAAUAGAAUCCAUUUGUACCCAUAUACCAGGUGCCAAUGCUUGAAGUUACUUACAAAUGCCUACUUUAGAUACAAAAUGAGAUUUAAUAUUGUGUGUGAAUGUAUAGUGCUUCAGAUUGCCAUCCAAAAUUGGUUUCUCGAUGGUUGGAACAUGCUGGUACAUUUUAACUUGCUUCUGCUAGUGUCCCUGGUGCAGUGGACUGUUUGAAUGCAAAGCUGAUGUUCUUUCUAGUUAAGUGGACACAAUCAAAUUCAUAAAAAGAGCUGAACGAACAAUAAUUGAACUUUGCUUUAGUAAGGUACACAGACGAUGGGUAAACACUUCAUAGCCUUUUUAAAGUUUUCAUCCCUGUCAAAGUAUCUACAUUUUGGAAAUGAAAGAAAAAUACAGAUUCUAAUCUUUGAUAUUCACAUGACCGCAAGAACUUUACUUCUCAUAUUUACUGAGCCCCCUUUCCAUUUAUAUUUCUCUCUACUUUUGUUGCCACUUUAUUUUGGGUUGAGGUCUGAUCCAAACUCCAUCUGCACUGGCUUGGCAAUUUCUAUUAGAAAGACACAUACAGAGUCAGGUUCAUUACCUGCUCCAAAUUUUUUUUUCUUCCUACCCUUCCUGGAAAAAAUUCACCACUACUGUCCAAGACAAUUACAACAAGAAUUCCGAGGGGUUUAUUUAAUGUUCCUGUUUCCAAAAGAAGACCUUUAAAUUUUAUAUGGAAACCAUACUUCCAUUCAUUCUCCAAAAAAGGAAAUUAUAUGGAUACUCUGGAUUUAAAAGAUGCCUACUUACAUGUUCCUUUGGCAGUUGCUUCAAGAAAGUGUUUAACCCCUUAAGGACUGGACUGUUUUUGCGAUGUUGUACAUUUGCGAUCAGGCAUAUUUUUACACUUUUGUGGUGUGUGUGUUUAGCUGUAAUUUUCUGCUCUCUCACUUACUGUUCCCAUACAAAUUAUAUAUUGUUUUUUUCAGGACAAAAGGGGCUUUCUUUACAUACCAUUAUUUAUAUAAUCUCGUGUAUUUUAAUUUUAAAAAAAUAAAAAAAUAUGAUGAAAAAUUGAAAAAAAUAAUGUUUUUUGACUUUUACGUAAAUCUUUUACUCAUCUAUAAAAGCGAAUGAAAAAAACUGCUAAAAAGAUUCAAAAUGUUGUCCUGAGUUUAAAAAUACCCAGUGUUUACGUGUUUUUUUUGCUUUUCUUUGCAUGUUAUAGGGCUAUAGGUACAAGUAGGAUAUUGCGGUUUCAAAACAUGCAUUUUUAAAAUUUAUCAAUAGUGACAUUGUAACACUAUUAUCUGUCAUAAAUCUCUGAAUAACACCCCACAUGUACAUAUUUUUUUUUUUUUUUUUUAAAGUAGACAACUCAAGGUAUUCAAUAUGGGGUAUGUCCAGUCUUUUUUAGUAGCCACUUAGUCGAAAACACUGGCCAAAGUAAGCAUUCAUAUUUGUUUGUGUGUGAAAAAAGUAAAAAAACUAAAUUGAACGCUAAUUUUGGCCAUUGUUUGUGACUACGUGGUUACUAAAAAAGACUGGACAUACCCCAUUUGCAAUACCUUGGGUUGUCUUCUUUUGCAAAUGGUAUGCCAUCAUGGGGAUAAUUCACAUUCCUGGGCUACCAUACGCUCUCAAAGGCAACGUAACCAACCUGGCCAUUUUCAAUGUAAAAAUAUUUGACCCUGUAACUUUCAAAAAUGCUAUAAAACCUGUACAUGGAGGGUACUGUUUUACUCGGGAGACAUCACUGAACACAAAUAUUAGUGUUUAAAAACUGGAAAACGUAUCACAACAAUUAUAUCAUCAGUAAAAGUGCUAUUUGUGUGUGAAAAAUGCAAUAAAAAGUAACUUGCACUGACAAUAUCAUCGCUGUGAUAUGUUUUACUGUUUUGAAUCACUAAUAUUUGUGUUCAGCGAAGUCUCCCGAGUAAAACAGUACCCCCCCCGUCACGUGCGUGGGCUAUAGGCCCAGCCGAGACAGUGGGGAGAGUGUGGAAGUGACAGGGUUAAUGACACCAGACCCCUGGUUACCUGUUGCUAAUCCCAGCAACCACUCAAUUAACCCCUGCAAUCCCUUCUACACUAACCCCCUUUGUACAUACUCUACUGCCACCACCAAGACUUUUAAACCCGGGCGUCUUAGGUUACCCCACACACAGGAGAAUUAUAGUAUCACAGUUCUACUUUUACUGAUAAAACAUAUAUAGUUAACCCCUUUUGGUAACGUGUUUACCUGAGCUUUCCUCUGGAGAGUGAAGCUCAUAGAGAACAGAGACACAAGCUGAUUAAGUAAACAUUUAAUCUGACAAAAAGGAUUCACAGUGCUGAGUACAAAAUACAGAAAUAAAUGACAUACAGAUAACAAAUUGCAAAACAGUACAUAAAAUAAAAUAGGAGAAAACACAAGAAAUUCCUUACAUAUAUUUACCCCAUAUAGAAUUCUUGUGGGAGUCUUAGAUGGUAUAGGUCUCCUAGAAGUUACUGACAAAAGAAAAAUGAAUAACUGACUUCCCUGGAUAGUCCAACACCCUCAUAUAUCUAAACUAGUUGUUUCUCAGUGGGCAGACCCCUGGGGGGGGGGGAUCAGAGGGGGCUGGUCUGGCAGUCUAUUGCCCACUCUAUGAAAUUCCUUGUGUCCAGCUCUGGUGAUGGCUAUCUAGAUGUUUUAUGGUCUAGGCCUGGUGCAAGAUCAAAGACCACAAUAAAUGUCAUCCCAAGGUUUACAAAAAAACAACUCUUAACAUAUAUAAACACACAUCAAACACCAACUCAUGCUUUUGGCAUGACACCCCCAUGUACAGGUUUUAGGGUGUCGUAGAACGUUACAGGGUAAAAUACAGUGCUAGCAAAUUAAAUUCUCUGGACUUUCGGCCUGGGUUGGCAGGCAGGUCCCUCAAAUUGCAAUCAAUAAAAUUACUUAAUUAUGUAAAAAUAUUACAUAAAUAUGCACGUAGAAUUUAAAUAUAUAUGCAUAUUUACAUAUUUGAAAUCUAAGUGUAUAUAUAUUUAUGUAAUUUUGUAUAUGGACAUAUGUAUAUUUCGUAUUAUUUUUAUUUAUAUAUACAUAGAUAUAUAUACAAAUUCAUUCUAAGUGUAUUUUGAUAUAAAUAUAUAUUAAUUUUAAAAUAGAAUAACAUUUCAUUUAGAUAUAUAAUUUUUUUCAAUUUUUAUUAUUUUAAAAACAAUUUAAAUUACUUAUUUAUAUUUUAUUAUAUAUAUAUAUACAUUAUAUAUUAUAUACGUGUGUAAUUUAAGUGUAUUUUUAGAUUAAUAUAAGUACAUAUUAAUAUAAAAAUACACUUAGUAUGACAUUAUAUAGACAUAUAUUAUAUAAAUAUAAUAUAUGUCUAUAUAUAUAUAUAUAUAUAUAUAUAUAUAUAUAUAUAUAUACACACACACACGCAUAUAUAAUUUUUUUAAUUAACAUUAACUCUUUUUUAUUUAUUUUUUAUAAAAAUUCAGUGUGGGGAGACUGUCUGGGCUGCAGGCAGUCUCCCCACACCGGGAGCCACGCUGAUCGCCGCCGGGGGAACGACGGCGAUCAGGUAAGUACAUUGGACCGUUAGGACGGUUCAGGACCGUCAUCGGUUGGCAAUGCAAAAAUGCAAUUAAAAUCAGGGAAAAAGAAUACAGGCACUUUUAGUUUAAGGCCUUGCCAUUCAGCCUAGCCUUUGCACCGAGGAGUUUUAAAAGUGUCCUUCCUUUUGCAGCAUAUCUCAGAGAAAAAAAAACAUUUACAUUGUUCCAUAUUUGAAUGGUUGAUUCCUCAAAACAAGUUCCAAAGAACAACUAAGAAGAAAUAAUUAAACCACUAUUCCAUCAUUAAGAGGUCAUGGUUGAUCAAUUGGAAAAAUCAGCUCACUCCUACAUGUAUCCAGUUUCUGGGACUCUUAGUUGAUUUGAAGUCUCUUUCUCUGACGUUCGCGCGGGUCAGACAAAGGUACCGAAUUGCACAUUUGGUGGAUCUGCCCACAAUAGAUAUGGAGAUAUUCCACAAUUGCACUGUUGUGGAAAAUAGAAUGACCAUAGCUGCAAAUAAGAAAUCACUAACUAAACGCCUUCUCAGUACGGCUAUUACCCUGAUUCCCAUCCUCUGGAAAAAGCCGUGAGCGCCCACCUUCCAGCAAUGACUAACGAAAGUAGAGGAAUCCUAAAACGCAGAAAUUACUGCAGCCCUGAGGGACCACUCUGAUAAAUGUGCCUUGACCUGGUUCUCAUGUAGCACACUAGAUGAUAGACCACUUCCACCCCAGAAUGAGUGUACACAAUCACAUACCCCACUUUUUUUUUUCCUUCCACGCACUUGUAUACGCCACAGUUUACCUUCCCCAUUGCCAAAAUUGGUAGUUUGAUAUAACUACAUAUGUGCAGCCUUCUGACAAUGCCAGCUUCCACCAUUAACCCCUUAAGGACCAAACUUCUGGAAUAAAAGGGAAUCAGGACAUGUCACACGUCAUGUGUCAUUAAGGGGUUAAAGUUACCGGGUAAUGGGCAAUGCAAAGCCAAAGCACGUAUUCGUCUGUAAUUAAAAAGCAUUGACGUAGCAUGAUACGACGACAUGGUUGUGAUUACUAACCUAAUACGUGUUGUGAUGCUUGGUAAACAAACCGCCACCUGUCGUGACCCGUUGACGAAUUGUUUUCGCUCUGUAUUAUUUGUAACACUGUGUGUGUCUCUUUUUAAGACGUUCACUUUCUUCAUGGUGAAGCACAUCAGGAAAGCCAUGAACGUUCUCAUGUCUUUAAUUACAGCUAUGCAGUGGGCAAAAUCACGGAUUAGACCUUGCAAAUUUGGUCAAGAAAGAGGAGGAUUUGGAAUUCGAAUUCAGGUUCUAAAAAGGUCCGAUAUCAACUAGAUUGGUAGAGAAAAUUUUAAUUUCUGUUCUGGGACUUCUCUUUCCAACAAAAGAAAAAUAGAUUACAAUUGCAACGGACGCCUCAAAAUUAAUCUGAAAACCCUACUUCGUCAAGACAUUUGAUUCUUAAGAGGAGGCAGAUCAAUCCUCAAAUUUUCAGGACAUUAUGGUGCUUUUCAAUGUCAUGGAUCACACACACAAAACCAUGAAUCCUACACAAAGCAGUCAGAAUUCAAACAGACAUCACAACAGUCACCUAUAUAAACAAAAUAGGUGGAACAAAAGUCAAGGAAUUAAAGAUACAAUAUGAUGGAUUUUCUCCAAAAUGUUACCAGAAUGUCAACAUCCAAGAUUUAUCUCAGGAUUUGAAAGCAGUUUCUCAUCUGUUGUCGAUGACUGUUUCAACAUCAAUCCAUCCAUUCUGACCAUCCUGAUAAAGAGGGUUUUUCUGCUGGGCUUAGUCGCUUUACUCUAAAAGUUCUAAUUUUGUGUCUCAUUUCCUGGUUUUGGAUUUGGCUACCAAUAUCUUAAUCAGGUGGGGGUUUUUUUUAAAUUUGUUUUUUAAUGCCAUUUUGCUCAAAUGUCCUCCUCACAAUUUUUUUUAAUUUUUUUUUUUUCCCAGCCUGUGAUUUGGUUUUAGUACUCCGAGCCCUUUGUGAUGCUUCCUUUAAACUACUGGAGGAAGUCACAUAUAAAUAUUGCAUUAUAUUCAGGCCUUAUCAUAUUCAGAAAUGUUAUGAUCUUUCAUCGGGAUAUGGGGAUGUUGCAUCCAGAGCCAUCAUUUCUACCCAAGGUUCUGGCUAAAACAAUUAGGUGUAGCUUCACCUUCUGGACAUCAAAAGAGCACUGGAAACGUAAAUCAAGAGGUCCACUAUUUUCUUGACAUCUGACAUUCUAUUUGUCAACUUCAAAUGUUCAUUUCAAUGUAGAGCAUUAUCUAAAGCUACCAUAGCCAGAUGAUUGACACAAUCAAGCUGGCAUAUGAAGUUAAGGGUCUCAAACUUCCAUUUCCAGUAAAGGAACACUCUACCACAGAUAUGGCAACAUCCUGGGCAGCUAAAGUUUAUGCUUCUCUAGAAUAUAUUUGCAAAGCAGCUACCUGGUCAUUAUUACAUACAUUUAUAAAGCACUACAGGCUAGCCAUUUUCUCUUUCUCAUAAGCUGCUAUCGGGCUUAAGGUGCUGCAGGUGGUCAUUUGAGUUUCCACACCCAAUUGGCAUCUUGCUUUAUUGCAUAGGUAUAUCGCUCUCAGUCUCAGAUUAUACAUGGGGGAAACAUCUUGUUUGCCGUAAAGUUUUUAUUUUCUUUCUAUAGUAUAGUGACCGUACGGAUCUCCCUCCCUUUCGCUUUAUACUUAUUGAUUAUUUUUUUUGCAGUAUUGCGUCUAGGUGUGGUUUCUUUACAUGACUGACGUGUUUCAGCUGGGGCAACUUUUUUAAGGUAUAAUAGGGAGGAGCUUGCUUUUAUUAUUUUAACUUUAUUGCCAGGUUUAUUUGUCCAACAUAGCGAAGAACAACCCACAGGUGCUGCCACUACUAAGGAAAAAAAUAUUUAUGGGAUGUGUUGAUAACCGAUCUUCUAAGCGUGCAACUAGAAUUACCAUGGAUAUUCAUUGUGCAAAUAUGUCAUAGAUUGGAAAAUGAUGACCAGAGUAUUUCAUUAGCAUUCUCGUCUCUGUUUAAAGUUGUAUAUAAAGUAGUUGCUGAGCAGUUAUAAUAAAGUUUCCUAUAGAAUUGUCUUUCACACUUUGAAAUUCUUUUGCGUUGGCUAAUUUUCAACAAUUUUCUUUUGGGGUUUUUUUUUUUUUUCUUCUUAUAACCUUAAUAAUGAAAAAAAUUUAUAUUUAUUUUUGUAGUUGGAGUUAUCCGGUGUCCUGUAUGCAAUCAGGAGUGUGCUGAAAGAGACAUAAUAGAGAACUACUUUGUGCGUGACACUACAGAGGUCCCCAGUAGUACUGUAGAAAAGCCAUCUCAGGUAUGUACAAAGAAAAAUAGCACUUUAUCUGCUAGGAGUCUGGGUAUAAAUCUUUAUUUAAUUUAAAUGAGGAUUUGAAGCUGGCCUUUUCAGUAAUUGUUUUAAAUUCUUCCAAUAAAUACAUAGCAAAGUAUCAUCAUUGUUUGCUUUUAAAGUCUGUAUCUUCAGGCCUCAAGAACUAGUUUCACUUUUGCCAGUCAAAUGGUAAAAUGAGCAUUAAAAGAACUUUUUUUUUUUUUUUUUGUCUUCUGUAUAUAUUGUAUUCUGUCCCUCUGAUUAUAAAUAAACAAAGAUUUCUAGUAUUAAAGGGCCAAUUUAAGCCCCCUAAUGAAUGCAGCAUUCUUUAGUGCUUCUGUUUCCAUGCACGGUGGUGUGACAACCCGAGGUUCCAAUUGUCGUCCACUGCUCAGCCAUUUGCUGUACAUAUUCCUAAUUUAGAAGAUCUCCUUUUAGAAUUUUGGUAAACUUGUUAUGUCAUUAAUUUAGCUGACUGCUACAUAACAGGGAUUGGCGCCAUGGCCAUGUUGGCAUCAUAACCAUUGCAGCAAAACGGUUUGAAUUUUGAUCAGGUGACCUUCCUUCUGCAACACAUUACUCAAAUCUAUAUUUUUUUUUUUUUGGAUUUUUAGCAAGUUUGUACAAGCUGUGAGGAUAACGCUGAGGCUCGUGGGUUUUGUGUGGAGUGCGUGGAAUGGCUUUGUAAAAAUUGUGUACAGGCCCAUCAAAGGGUAAAAUUUACAAAAGAUCAUACUGUGCGGCAAAAGGAAGAAGUACCCCCAGGUAAGAAUUAAAAAUAUUUUUUUUUUCUUAAAAAAAAAAGUUGUUUGUUAACUUUGAUAUAGAUAUGGAGAUUUAUAAAAAAAAAAAUUUCUUCUUCCUUUAGCCAUUCUCCAAAUGGCUCCAUACCUCAGUAUGUGAACAUUUUUUAUUUGUUUGACCCAAUGUUUAUAUUUCACAGAAGCUGUUGGAGUAACUAGCCAACGUCCUGUUUUUUGCCCUUUUCACAAGAAGGAGCAGCUGAAAUUAUACUGUGAGACUUGUGAUAAACUGACCUGCAGGGAUUGUCAGCUUCAGGAACACAAGGAGCACAGGUAUCCACUUUAAAGGGAAACUGCUUUUAAAUGCUUUCUAUAAUAAGUAAAGGGGAAAAUAAAAACAUGCCAUCAGUAGUUUCCUGAAGAUAAUCUGUUUUAAUGGCUCUCACAUUGUAUAAUUUGCAAAGCCCUUGAUGGUAACAUCACCGCUGUUCUUCCAGUAAUCCCGAGGUGCAGACGAAGGUGCGAGUUACUCACAUGAACCUGUCCAUGCAUGGAUUGCAAAGUCAAGGCUUGACUCUGCUUUUUUUUUGUCAAGCAGAGUGUAAUAGAAGCCUCUGUUUCUGUAUCUUGUGGAGAGUCAUGGACUCAGCAGAUACGGUGGCUAACCAUCCAGUUUUAAAUAGUUGUAACUUUCUGUAUUGCAUGGUUGAACUUGCGUAAUAUUUAUUUAAUGGCCAUUUUGAGUGUUUCAUUUCUUCAUUGCCUUGUUGAUUUUUUACAUCAGGGUGUUGUUCCAGAAGAGGGCUUUUUACACUAAUUUAAACUGACUAUUCUGUGUGUGAUUGGUUGAUUUCAGUCCUUGCUGUUAUUGGUUGACUUGUUUACUAUACAAGAAACAUAGAAACAUAGAAUGUGACGGCAGAUAAGAACCAUUCGGCCCAUCUAGUCUGCCCAAUUUUCUAAAUACUUUCAUUAGUCCCUAGCCUUAUCUUAUAGUUAGGAUAGCCUUAUGCCUAUCCCACGCAUGCUUAAACUCCUUUACUGUGUUAACCUCUACCACUUCAGCUGGAAGGCUAUUCCAUGCAUCCACUACCCUCUCAGUAAAGUAAUACUUCCUGAUAUUAUUUUUAAACCUUUGUCCCUCUAAUUUAAGACUAUGUCCUCUUGUUGUGGUAGUUUUUCUUCUUUAAAUAUAGUCUCCUCCUUUACUGUGUUGAUUCCCUUUAUAUAUUUAAAUGUUUCUAUCAUAUCCCCCCUGUCUCGUCUUUCCUCCAAGCUAUACAUGUUAAGAUCCUUUAACCUUUCCUGGUAAGUUUUAUCCCGCAAUCCAUGAACCAGUUUAGUAGCCCUUCUCUGAACCCUCUCUAAGGUAUCAAUAUCCUUCUGAAGAUACGGUCUCCAAUACUGUGUACAAUACUCCAAGUGAGGUCUCACCAGUGUUCUGUAUAAUGGCAUGAGCACUUCCCUCUUUCUACUGCUAAUACCUCUCCCUAUACAACCAAGCAUUCUGCUAGCAUUUCCUGCUGCUCUAUUACAUUGUCUGCCUACCUUUAAGUCAUCAGAAAUAAUCACCCCUAAAUCCCUUUCCUCAUAUGUUGAGGUUAGAACUCUAUCAAAUAUUCUGUACUCUGCCCUUGGGUUUUUACGUCCAAGAUGCAUUAUCUUGCACUUAUCCACAUUAAAUGUCAGUUGCCACAAUUCUGACCAUUUUUCUAGUUUACCUAAAUCAUCUGUCAUUUGGCUUAUCCCUCCUGGAACAUCAACCCUGUUACAUAUCUUAGUAUCAUCAGCAAAAGACAUACCUUACCAUCAAGACCUUCUGCAAUAUCACUAAUAAAAAUAUUAAAGAGAAUGGGUCCAAGUACAGAUCCCUGAGGUACCCCACUGGUGACAAGUCCAAGUUUUGAAUAUAUUCCAUUGACUACAACCCUCUGUUGCCUGUCACUCAGCCACUGCCUUACCCAUUCAACAAUAUUGGAAUCCAAACUUAAAGAUUGCAGUUUAUUGAUAAGCCUUCUAUGUGCAACAGUGUCAAAAGCCUUACUUAAAUCUAGGUAAGCAAUGUCUACUGCACCACCCUGAUCUAUAAUUUUAGUUACCCAAUCAAAAAAAUCAAUAAGAUUAGUUUGGCAUGAUCUCCCUGAAGUAAACCCAUGUUGUCUCUGAUCUUGAAAUCCAUGUGUUUUUAGAUGUUCAGCAAUCCUAUCCUUUAACAUGGUUUCCAUCACUUUCCCCACUACUGAAGUAAGGCUUACUGGCCUAUAGUUGCCCGACUCCUCCCUAUUACCCUUCUUGUAAAUGGGCACAACAUUCGCUAACUUCCAAUCUUCUGGGACUACACCUGUUAACAAUGAUUGGUUAAAUAAAUCUGUUAAUGGUUUUGCUAGUACACCACUAAGCUCUUUUAAUAGCUUUGGGUGUAUUCCAUCAGGUCCCAUUGACUUAUUUGUCUUUACUUUUGACAGUUGAGAUAGAACCUCUUCCUCUGUAAACUCACGUGUAAUAAAUGACUCAUUUAUCCUUUUUCUCAACUGAGGUCCCUUUCCUUCAUUUUCUUCUGUAAAUACAGAACAAAAUAUUCAUUGAGGCAGUCAGCCUGACCUUUAUCCUCUUCUACAUACCUUCCUUCUUUUGUUUUUAAUCUAACUAAUCCUUGUUUUACUUUUCUUUUCUCAUUUAUGUAUCUAAAAAUGUUUUAUCCCCUUUUUUUACUGACUGUGCUAUUUUCUCUUGUGUGUGAUUUGGAAGCUCUUAUAACUUGCUUAGCCUCUUUCUGCCUAAUCUUAUAGAUCAUUUUGUCUUCCUCACUCUGGUUUUUUUUAUAAUUCCUAAAUGCUAACUUUUUGUUUUUAACUAUUUUGGCCACAUCUGCGGAGUACCACAGUGGUUUCUUGAAUUUUUGCUUUUACUGACAAGCCUAAUGCAAUUUUCUGUUGCCUUCAAUAGUGCAACUUUUAAAUAAUCCCAUUUCUCUUGGACUCCAUUUAAAUUGCUCCAGUCUGAUAAUGACUCCUCUAUCCAUAUUCUAAUUUUAGAAAAGUCUGUUUUUCUAAAGUCUAAAACUUUUGUUUUUGUGUGGUGUGACUCAGUCACUGUUCUUAUAUUAAACCACACUGACUCAUGAUCACUGGAUCCUAAACUUUCACCUACAGUAACAUCUGAUACUAAAUCUCCAUGUAUACAAGGCAUGUAUAAAAACCCUGUGUGUAUCAUUAAAGCAGUACGUGUUUCAUCCUUUUAUCAAGACUUAGAUGAGGUUUAGGAAAACUGCUAAGCAGCUUAUAAUGACUCUGGACACCUGAGCUAUAUGAGGGAGGGAGACUAACAGGGAUGCUCUGGCUGAGUCCAGAAGCUCCAUUACACAGAGGAAAAAAUACAAAGAACAAGUAAUCCCUACUUUGUCAAAGUUUAUCUUUUGACUGUGUUGGCACUUUAGUGACAUUCCAACACAGUCUUAAUGAGUAUAUCCUAAAGAUUUCAUCUUUAUGAAAUACUUUUUGAGGGUAAGGGGGAGUGACUGAGCCACUUUAUUGUUACAGCCGACAGCAACGGGCAGUCCUCUUCGCAUUAGGAAGAGACACUGUUACCAGAAUUUCCUCAUUCUCCUCUUUGGAAUCUAUUUUUAUCCUAUAAACCUGCAGGCAGUGCAUAAGAUACUAGACUGUGUUGGGUUACUAAUUGUGUGAUGUUACAGAGCUCCUGGACUUUAGCCAGCUGCUGGAGAUGGGAAUAGAGGUCCAAUGAUGGGUAAUUGGAGACCUCUCAAUGUGAAGUACAGUUUCAUCGUAACAUGUUGAAAUGUAAAAAUAUGCUGUACAAGCAUUUGGCUCAUUAUUUAGUGCAGCUAUAACUGAGAGUCUCCAAGUAAUUCCUAAAUUUAGUUCCAAAAACCUGUAAAUAAUGCCUUCUGGAAGCUUCAUCCUAUUUUUAGAUCUUGAACUCUUCACCUGAUUCCUGUUUUGUGUUUAGACCAAAAACUCCUGAAAUGAAAUCCCUCUGUCACUCUAUCUUAAUAAAUCUUUAACAAUACUAAACAACGUGUUUAUAUAGUUACUUAUUUGUGUGUGUCUAAUAUAGAUAUACCUAUACAUAGACCUAUACAUUGGCCCCUCUGCAGUGCGACCUCUACAUCUGCUGGUUUAUGUAGUGUUUAACCAGCCAGUCGUGGCAUAGUAUAUGCAUAGUAUACAGACAUAGUCCAGCUCGUUAGUUGUUGAAACCACACAUUCAAGUUAGUAAGAAAUGUAAUCUAAAAUAUUUUGACCGACUGUGGAAUGAUUGGCAGUCGUGAUUAGAAACUUCAGAUCUCCUGGGAUUUUCAUGAUCACUAGUCUCUAGGGUUUACAGAAAAUGGUGCCAAAAACAAUUGGGAUAUUGUAGUUGUGUGGUUGACAAAAGGGCACUUAUAAUGGAAAUACUAAUGGCUACUUCCAUCAGGAUUAAAUGCCAUAAUACAAAGCAUGUGUUUGCUCAAUUUUGCUACAAAAAUGCAGUGAGUUCAGUGGCCUCUACAGUCUCCAAAUUUCAGUCCAAUAGAACGCACUUGGAACAGGACAGAACUGGUAGAACAGGAAGAUUGCAGAAUCAUAUGCAGCCAACAAAUCUGCAGCAACUGUGUGAUGCUACCAUGUAAACCUUAACCUGAAAAAUGUAACAGUAUUUAUCAGAAAAUGCAUCCCAUAAUUUACCAUCAUGCCUAUAUUGAUCCUGAAAUCUAAUCAAACUUGUUUCCACUGCCUUUGUUAACUUAAAGGAGCACUAUAGGGUCAGGAACACAAACAUGUAUUCCUGACCCUAUAGGGUUAAAACAACCAUUUAACCAUCCUGGUCCCCUCAUGCCUACCUAAAUAUAGCAAAUCUUACUUGUAUUCAAGUCUGCAGCUGCUGGCUUUGUCACUGUUUGCUUUAGACCAGCCCACUGUCUGCUGACAUCAGCAGAAGUGGUAGCCUGAUCCAAUCACAAUGCUUCCCCAAAGGAUUGGCUGAAUGGACAAAGAGGCAGAUGAGGGGCAGAGCCAGCACAAUUCAAACACAGUCCUGACCAAUCGGCAUCUCCUCAUAUAAAUGAAUUGAAUCAAUGAAUCUCUAUGAGGAAAGUUCAGUGUCUGCAUGCAGAGGGGAAGACACUGAAUGUUUGCAUGCAUUUUAGGCAGCCAUGACCCAGGCAGGAUCUCUAACAGACAUCUGAGGAGUGGCCAGUGAAGUUAUCACUAGGCUGUAAUGGGCCGAAAAGACAGUGUUUACAGCAAAAAGCUUGAAGGUAAUGAUUCUACACACCAGAACAAAUUCAGUAAGCUGUAGUUGUUCUGGUGACUAUAGUCUCCUUUUAAUUAAAAUUCUUAGUCUCUGGAAUUGACUAUGGAACCGGUGGUAUCCGUUUGUUUCCAGGUUUCCACACCAAGUUUCUCUAAACUACGUUUUACAGAUUUGUAUAUUGGCUAAACCCAUAAAUAUAUGCAUGUUAGAAUUCAAACUCACCAUGUCCCAAUGGUCCCCCAACUUUUAGAAACAAGCACUCUAAAACCUACAAACAAGGUUUUUAUUUUGUUUUUUUUACAACAAUUUAUUAAUGCUUUAGAUUCCUUUGGGAUAUCAACACAAAAAUGCUAGUUUAAAAGUAUUGCUAUGACAAUGUGCCACUGUUUAGGUAUUGAGAUGGAACCUUUGAAUGCAUAGUAACUCUACAUUUUAUUGAAAUAUGAGUGUGUUGGUUAUUUGUUUUUGUUUUUUGGUUCACUUAGUUGAGAGAAAGCUUGCAGUUUAUGAUAUGGGUCAAUACGGUUACUCCUGCUACUUUCUUUUUGGGGGUAUGAACAGAGGAAGAAAACUUUUUUUUUUAUAUAUAUAUAUAUAUAUCUUUAUUUAGCUCACAUACAUAUAAAGUUGAAUCAUUAUCUAACAGUCUUUAUAUGUAUAUAGAAUUGUGUUAGCCAAGCUCUCUUUUGACAAAAUUGUAUGGGGAGCUGGCAGUGGAACCCAGAGUCUCUACACCAUAACCACCAUGAUGAGCUGUAGUAGUUCUUGUUAUUAAAAUUAUCAGUGCUAAAUGUCAAAGCUGUUAAAAUUAUUCAUACUGUGUAAACACCAAGUACAAAUGUACUUUAAAAGGACAUUUGAAACAAAAUUUGUACUAUGUAAAUGUGGGUGAUUUGUAAUAUUGUAAUCUAUAUUCAGUGUGAGGGGAGGGGGAGGGGUGUGCUACUAAAUGUAGAUGAAAAGUGCUUCUCUAACAAGCUUUACACUUCUCAGUGGCUCUAGUUUUUGUCAAAGGCACAGCUGGCUUUUUACUAAUCUGUUUGCAUGAAUAGGCUCUUCACAUGUGUAGAGUAGAUCAAGAAAUGCAUCCAUUUACUUAAAGGCUUCCAUUGACUCCUGCUUGUAGUGUGAGUCUCUCAUAUAUUUCUAGAGGAAGACACUGCCCAUUAACAAUUUAGUUGUGAGAGUUAAUGGAAAAUAAUUACUGGCUGAAUUUAUUCCAUUGCUUUUUAUUGGUUAGCAAUGUCAAACACAGAUUUCUUCAAUUAUUGGCAUCUGUGGAACAAAUAUUCUCAUUGAAGUUAAAUUCUGAAGAAACAGAUGAAAGAAAAAAUGUCAAAUUCAGAGAGUGGAUUUUUUUUAAAAUUUUUUUUGCUCAAGACGUUAUUCGUUUUGUAAUAAAAAUUCUAAUCCGCCGUCAUUAUUAUUCAUAAUUUUGAUUUCCGUAUUCGUUUCUCCAGUGUGUCAAUCAGUUAAGCUUAGGCACACCCUCUUUCUACUCCAUUAAGCAUUUGAUAACUUAAUGAAGUUUGUUUGUAUUCAUUUAUUUAUUCUUUUGUUUUUCAUUAAAGGGACACUAUAGUCACCAAAACAACUUUUAGCUUAAUGAAGCCGUUUUGAUGUAUAGAUCAUGUCCCUGCAGUCUCACUGCUCAAUUCUCUGCCAUUUAGGAGUUAAAUCACUUUGUUUAUGAACCCUGGUCACACCUCCCUGCAUGUGACUUGCACAGCCUUCCUAAACACUUCCUGUAAAGAGUCAUCUAAAGUUUAUCCUUCCUUUAUUGCAAGUUCUGUUUAAUUUAGAUUUUCUAAUCCCCUGCUAUGUUAAUAGUUUGCUAGAUCCUACAAGAGCCUCUUGUAUGUGAUUAUAGUUACAUUUACAGAGAAAGAGAUACAAUUGUUUAAGGUAAAUUACAUCUGAUUGAAAGUGAAACAAGUUUGUUUGUUUCUCCAUGCAGUCUGUGUCAGUCAGUCGAGGGAGUUGUGACAAGGGCUGCAUAAACAGAAACAAAUUGUAUUAACUCCUAAAUGGCAGUGAAAACCUGAGAAGCAUGAUCUACAUGCCAUGUUCUGCAGAUCAGUCUGGUGAUGGUUUCCCUUGUGGUUGUCCGAGAGCGCGUUAUUGAUUCUGGUUAUUCUAUUUUGGGUUGUUUUCUGGCAUCCCUGACUCCUGGCUUUUCCUUAUCGUUGUCUCUUUCUGUUUCCCUUGACCUCGACUAUUCCUGUCUAUUCUUUGGUAUGUUAGUCCGGCCAUUCUAAGGUCCGGUAUCCAUUACCUAUCAGUCCUCUGUGUUACACAAUUUUACGUGCUGGAUCAUUCUUGGAAAUUACCAUCAAAAUGCAGAGGAGGAGAGAGAUAGUUGGUGCCUUGUAUACUAUAGGCAGAGGUACACAAGGUGGAGGUGAGACAGUAGGUGCAGCCGCAGGUUGCAGAUGCGCUGUACGGAUAAGAAGCGUACUGUCACGAACGCACCCUACUCCAAGAGUUCGCGUGACGUAGUUGUGGUGGUGAAAGGGUUAAAGUUCACUAUUUGUCUGCACUAGACCGGAAAUAAUGACAAAAUCCCCCUUUUAAAACCACCCACACUUAAACAUAAUAAUAUAACUAUUACUAUUUUAACGCUGCCACCACCAAGACAAUUUAUAAAUGGGGUGCCUUGGUCCCCCAGGUAAAUCAAUAAUAAAACCCACCAAAUAUUACUCAGCACAAUAUUUAAGGAAUUAUAAAAAUACUAACUAGUCUCUUCAGGUAAUGUGAUUCUUAAACAGACAAAGGCAGAACUUAAAUGAAUGUUUAUUAUGAGCAAAAAUUAAUCACUGUGCAUAUAACAAUUUAUGAUAAAUUAUUUACACCAACAACAGAUAAAACCAAAAAGAAUAAAAUACAGAAGUCCUAAUUACUCACUUAGGUUUUUUCAAAGUACAACUUCUGUCCAGGGGGUCUCUGGCAAGGAAAGAUGGUGACUCACUCAAAAUUAGAUCUUGGCCCCAAGCAAGUACACAAACACCCUUCAGGAUCACAGGAGAUAUACCCUGUGAGUUGCCACGCCUCAUCCAGGGGUGGAUACUAAGUGACCACCUCCUUUGUGCCAGAAAACAUGUCACAUACAAACUUUUGGUUUUAUAUCCUCUACUGUACUUGCCACAGAAAUAAUAAUUGCCUCUAUGAAUUUGUUAUUGUUUUCCCAUUCCAAAGACAUGUUGCACGCCCCGCCCACGAUCCAAUAGGGCGGACAUCACAAGUCCUGCCACACGGUUUAAGUUGUGCAACUCAUGUUUGGGCUUAAUUAAAAGAUUGGGCUUGUCCCAUUCCAAAUAUAAUAAAAAUGAGGCUUAAUUAUUAACCUGUGGGCAAGUAUGAAUGUUUCACUUGGAUAAGAUACUGGAACACAAGGAUCUUCAUGAAACUAAUCCCAUUACAAUUUCAAAUGAUUGAACUAUCCUUUACAAGGUACAUGACAAAUGGAUGAAGAGACAUUCAGACUUUUUCCAAGUGUAGAACCUCACACCUUGCAGAUCCUUGAUUACUUCACAUCCAUAUAGUAAAAUCCUUUUCACAUUGCUAUUCCAUUCACACUACCCCUUCUGUCAUCUGACCUCUGUGAAUCCCAGCUUCAAAAGAUGUAACACCUGUUGACCUCAGCAAUAGCAUCUCUGUAAUUUGUGCUAUUUACUACACAAAUUACAUUAAAACAUGAUAUUCCAUAGUGUAAUAAUAAAUUAUACACCCUUGCCGUGACACGUACCAUGCGGUGAUCAUUCUCCUCUAGUUUCCUUUCGCAAGCAGCUAUGUACUUACACAAUUCUACAGGAUAUAUGGCCAUGUCGUAAUGUCAGGAUUACAGAAUCAUCCAGCACGUAGAAUAUUGUAUAACACAGAGGACUGAUAGGUAACGUACACCAGACCUUAGAAUGGCCGGACUAACGUACCAAAGAAUAGUCAGGAAUAGCCAAGGUCAAGGGAAACAGAGACACAACGAUAAGGAAAAGCCAGGAGUCAGGGAUGCCAGAAAACAGGGAAGUCAAAAACAAUGCCAAAGUCAAAUAACCAGAAUCAAUAACGCGCUCUCGGACAUCCACAAGGGGAAACCAUCACCAGACUGAUCCGCAGAACAUGGCAUGAUAUAACUCUACACACACAAACUGCUUCAUUAAGCUAAAGUUGUUUAGGUGACUAUUGUGUUCCUUUAAAAUAACUUCCUUAAUGUUUUCAUUAUUCUUUUACAUCUGUACCCUUCCUCACCCCUUUGCAUUAAAUAGGUAUCAAUUCAUUGAAGAAGCUUUUCAAAGCCAGAAGGUGAUAAUAGAUACUUUGAUUGCAAAGUUAAUGGAGAAGAACAAAUAUAUCAAGUUUACAGGGGACCAGAUUCAAAACAGGCAAGUACAAAGCUUAUUUAUUUUCUGAAAGAAAGUUUGCUUUUAUUUUUUUGUGCAGUCAUUCAUAUUUUAGUAAAACUAAUUCUUCAGGACUCUUGCAUCCAUUUUUGUUAACUGCAGCAUUGGGUGAACCUUCUUAAACUGCAUUUAGUGAGAGUCUGGAUGUAGCUGGAAUGUGAUGUUAUUUGUAUGCAGAUUGUUCACCACUUGCAAUUACAUUACCCUUUGCUGCAUUGCAGUCUUUUAAAGCCAAUGUGUUCUUUCACUUUACGGCAAUCCUCGCCUUCAUAGAUCUAUGUAUAUUGUAUCAUAUAAUAGUAUAAUAUUGUGUGUGUGUGUGUGUAUGCAAAAGAUUUAAGCCGGUAUUAAACAAAUGCAGCAAAGUUUUUACAUUUACUGUUUAUUUUUAUCAAUUAACAAAAUGCAAGUGUUGUAACAGAAGAAAACCUAAAUCUAAUCAAUAUUUAGAGUAACCACCCUUUGCUUUCAAAACAGCAUCAGUGUUUUGUUUUGGUACACUUGCACAAAGUCAGGGAUUAUGUAUUGAUAGUCAGAUGUAAGAUAGUUUACAAUACAGGUGCUAAUUAUCAAUGUAAUAUAUAGGUUGAAACACAAUCCUUAACUGAAAAAGAAACUGCUGUAUAGGAAGAGUAAAGCUGUGUGAGGAACAGCCAAAUUCUGCUAACAAGAUGACGUUGCUGAUGACCGUUUAGUGUCAAAAGUCAUACAUCAUGGCAAAACUGAGCACAGCAACAAGACACAAGGUAGAUAUACAGCAAUAGUAAGGUCUCUUCCAGGCAGAAAUUGUAAGGCAGGCAGGGGUUUCCAGGUGUGCGCUCCCAGCACUUCUUAAGAAACCAAGAACCAAUAAUGUUGAAAACCAAUGGCGCACAAUAGAUGGCCAAAAAAGUUGGCAGUUUGCUUGCUGCCUUACCCUAAAGACCUGCGGAACGGUAUUAGCAUGAGUAUCUGCAGGCAAUAAUAAAGCAUGGUGGAGGUUUCUUGCAAGAUUGGGGUACUUACAAAUAUAAAUGUUCUGGUGCUACUAUAUUGCCAAGUCUAACAAAUCAGAUAACCCACUUUUCUGCUCCUGAGAAAAAAAAGAUAUACUCUUCAAACUAUCAAAUUGCCAGUUAAAUUCAAUUGUCCUCCAAUCCCGUUGUAUAGAUACUGAACAGUGGUAAUAUACACUUUCUUGGAAUAUUCUUUAGUGGCGAAAAACAAACAAUGAAACAGGACGUGUGUAAAUCAAGUAAUACACAAAAAUGUAUUGUUCAAAAUAUGCUUACAGGACAGUGUUCAUAGCUUAUCUCCGUGAAAAACAAGUUAACUUGGACUUGUAGUUAAGAUUCUGUCUCCAUAAGGUUUCUAACAGGUAAAUUCCUCAGACACUUGAGCAAUCAGAUGUAUUUCAUCCAAGUCGAGUUGGACUUUGUAAAUGAUUUUGGUCAUCAUUAAUGUUCUCCUCAAUUCUGUGAACUACAGGCAUAUACUUAUCCGUCAUGCAAUACAAAAACAAUCAGGGACGCUUCUGACUGGCCCUGAAUUUAUUUUGCUGCAUGAGAAUCAACCCAAACUUACAGCCAAAGUCAUUGAGAAUGAUCUUCAACAUAAAUAACAAGGAGUCCUGGAAGCCAUGGUAUGGCCUUCACACAGCUCUUAUUUUAACACUGAGUCUGUGUUGGAGUACAUAAGGAGAAAAAUUCAACAGAGGCUGCCAAAACACACAUAGGAAUUGUGGUUUGUUCAAGAUAUCGGUCACAGCUUAUCUGCUUACAAAGUUGUAUAGUGUACCUAGAAGAAUUGAUGCUGUUUGGAAGGCAAAGAGUGGUGUUGAUUAAAAUAUUGAUUUGAUUUCGGUUUUUCUUCUGAUCACUCAAUUUGCAUUUUGUAAUUUGAUAAAAAAAUAAACGAACUUAUCUGUUUUUGAAGGCAUUCUUCAAAACCCUAGGGUUCCACGAGAACAAAAUUGGGGGUUCCGCUGCGAUUCACCCAUCGGGUGGCCAAGAGCCACUCAAUGGUUUUUCGUGAACAGGGGCUCAGUGUGGUGCAUUGACCUUGCAUUAUUGGUUGAUGAGAGGAAGUGACUGCCUGUCACUUCCUCACAGCUUCACAGAACGCACCAAGCGGGAUGGAGAGAGGCAGGAGGGGAUGGGGGGAGAAAACUGCUUCCGACCUCACACCCCAACAGCUAGCAGCACUCCUGCAGACAAAAGGGUAAGCUAACAGGAGGGUGGCUGCAAUUAUAAACAUUAUGACUUGUAUGUGUAUCUGUGUCAAGUUGUGUGUGUACCUGAAUGUGUACCUGUGUGUCAGUGUGUGUAUAUCUGUAUGUCAAGCUUUGUGUAUCUGUGCUGUGUGUGUGUCACUGUGUAUCUGUUAAUGUUUGUAUGUGGCAUUGUAUGCGCCAACAUCCCAGAAAUGAAACACCAACACACCCCUACAAAGACACCCCUGAACUCCAACUCCAAAAUUAUAUAUAAACACUCACACACCCUUCACAAAAAUGUUUGCAGACUAGUGUGUAUGUAUAUCUAUGUAUAUUUUUAAUUUACUUAUUUUUUAUUUGUUGCAUUCUUGUUAAUUAUCUCUAAUGCUUUGUUUUUGUCUAUUCUUGUCAUAGGAUCCUCGAAGUAAACCAAAACCAAAAGCAGGUGGAACAAGAUAUAAAGGUUGCCAUUUUUACAUUAAUGGUGGAAAUCAAUAAAAAAGGCAAAGCUUUGUUACAUCAACUUGAGGUAACGUGGUUUGUUUUAACCAAUAUCCUUCUUAUUCUUCUUCUUCUUUGUCCACUACCUGAAUGUACCUUUCUUGAGCCGGUUUAGUGAGUGGGGAGUCACAAUUUUUCUACAGUGAAAGUAGAAAAAAAGAGGAAGAUCUACAUUUUAAUACACUCCUAUGAUUUUAACAAGAGCCUUAUAAGUAAAUAAAACCAUAAUAAAAAUAUUAAGGGCUGACUGAAUAGUAACACUAUCUUAAAGAAUCAUAUUGUGUAAAGAGAGGCAUAGUUAAUGUAACCAAUCAAGCUUCCUUGCAAAAAAGGCUGACAUAAUAACAUUGCAACAUAACAUUGCUUUUUAAUAACUGUAAUUAAAAAAUAAAUAAAAAUAAAAAUAUUUAUAUUCUGUACCCUAAGGCGACUUUAAUGGAUGCAUUUUGACCGUCUGAUCUAGUUUUAUUUUUAAUUUUGUUUUUUAAAUGCACCUCAGGGGUGUUCCCUAGAUGUGCAAGCAGUCUGCUUUUAUGAUGCUGAUUGCACCUAUGUGCUACGCAGCCCUGAAUAAGAUGCCUCAUUUGCUGCUUAAGAAACUCCAACUGUUCCUGAAUCUCCUAACUGUUCCUGAAUCAUCCAGACCUGAUGUCAUUGUUUUUGAUGGCAGACUUAAACAUUUGAUCCUUCAGAAAAAUGUAUUCUCUAAAGCUGUAAAUAAUAUCCUUGUUCCAGCUCUGAAAGUUGUCUUCUCAUACCUGCCACAAGGUUUGGCAAGCGUAUUUAAAUUGGUGUACUUUAGAUGGAGAAUCCUUUUGGGUCGCCAGAGUGCUGAAUUUUCUUUUGGCUGGACAUAAGGGAUUAUCAACCAGUACUUUAAAUGGUCAAAUGUCUUCCCUUUCUCUCCUGUUCCUUUCUGUCGAGACACUUGUUCAGGCUUUGGCCUAAAUUCACCUUGUGGUUCAACUUGUAAGUCCUCUGUUGAAUUUGAACUUAGUCCUGUCGGUACUUCAGCACUGUCCCUUAGGACUUCUACAUAACUUUCAACACUUGAUGUGGAAGGUGAAAUUUUGUUCUAAUUUCUUCCCCUAGGAGGGUUUCUGAGGGUUCACUUCUAUUGUUUGCUCCCUCUUUCCUGUAUAGCAAGGUUUAUUUGCUUAGUUUUAUAUUAUUCUUUCCUAAAGUUGUUUCCACUUUCUCCAAGCUAGGAUAUGGUUGUACCUUCUUUCUACCCAAAGCCAGCCAAUGAUAAGGAGUAGGAGCUACUACACUCUAUACAUAGUAUGUGGAUGCUGCAAAGCAUUUUGUUCACUUUUCAGGGCCUUGUGAAGAUCUCAGAGCUUCAGCUGUUACUCUGGAGUUUUGAGAUCUGACUGGAUUACUGUUCAUUCUACUAUAGUCCUGGCUACCUCUUGCAAGCAUGAUAUUUCCAUAGAACAGAUUUGCAAGGCAUCGAAUUAGUAUUUUUGGUACACUUUUGCCAAGUACAGUAUAUACUCGAGUAUAAGUCUAGUUUUUCAGCACAUUUUUUGUGCUUAAAAACACCCACUCGACUUAUACUCGAGUCACUGUCUGUAUUAUGGCAACUUAGAGAGCCGCGGCCGUCAGAGCCAUGGCAACGAUCCCACGGCAACCAGACCGCGAGACUUACAGUGGAGCUGACCGGAACGGAGGAGAAGGGAGCUGACAGGAGCUGCAGGAAAGGUAAGUAAAUGCUUCCUGCCGGCCCACCCACUUCACAGCCCAUGCCACUGGACCACCAGGGAUUAAGAUAGCCCCCCUCCCUGACCAGUUAACAAGCAGGGAGGGGGGACAAAUUUUUUUUUUAAAUAAUAAAAAAAAUAUUAAAAUUAAAAAAAAUUAAAUAAAAAUGCCCUCCCCCCACCCAGUUCACACACACUACACAAACACACACUCUGCAUUAUAUACACACUCUGCAUUAUAUAGAGUAUGUGUAUAUAAUGCAGAGUGUGUUUGUAUGAGUGUGUGUGUGUGUGUGUAUAUAAUGCAGAGUGUGUGUUUGUAUGAGUGUGUGUGUAUAUAUAAUACAGAGUGUGUGUUUGUAUAAGUGUGUGUGUGUUUAAUGCAGAGUGUGUGUUUGUAUGAGUGUGUGUGUAUAUAAUUAUAAAAAUCACAGAAUUUCAUAGCCCCAAGUUUUACCCUCGACUUAUCCACGAGGCAUAGCAUAUUUCACAAUUGUUGGUCACAAAACUGCACUCGACUUAUACAUGAGAUCGACUUAUACACGAGUAUAUACGGUAUAUGUUUUAUUUUUAUUUUCAAUUUGUCAGUUUUUAUUGGUUUGUAUAGGAGGAGGUUACAGAAAGGAAAGGGGGGAGGGAAGAAUGAUUUCAUCAUCACAGAAUGUAUACUCGUACAAGGUAAGAGUAUACAUUCUGUGAUUACAUAUUCCAUGCAUACAAGGACAUUGUCCCGGCAUCUGGUACCACAGUCUGUCCAACACUAUAUACAGACGCAUCGUAUAAGUGGCACAAUCCCAUAGAGAGAGAGCUAUACCCAUUGUACCUCUCGCUCCACCCUGAUGUUUAGUUGCAAUCAUUUGGUACGUGAACUCCACGAGUCCCACAUAUCCUGUGUUUUUAGGGAGGUUUGAUUAGGGGAAAUUGUGUUUUCAAGCCUUCCUCGUAUGCGCUCUGUAUAUCCAGUUCAGUGAGUAAUCGUUGGAGAUGCAGAGGGUGAAACAAAGAAAACUAUAUGACCGAACAGGGUGAAGCGCAGACAUUGUGAUCUAUAUUGUAACUAGGUGUAAUAGGCACAGGUGUGGGGUCGUGGUCCCCGGUCUGUCUGCUAUGAAGACUUUGGGGGUUUAACGCAAGAGAGUUAGUGAAGGGUCAAAGGCAUUGGUAAUGUGCCUGUUAGUAACCAUUGCCACAUAAAGCCAAACCUGUUCGAUUGGGUAUCUUGUCCUGUCUUGUCCCAUUAUUUGACCCAGGGAUAACGGUACACUGUUGUUCGACUGCUAAUGGGCAUCGUCUAUUCUAGCCGUCAACUAGUUAAAUGGAGGGAUUACUUAUUGGCAUACAUGGUAAAUAAGUAAAGUCACCCCAAUAAUGUCCGUGGGACCAAGCUAUACAAAUUAGUAGUGGAAAACCUCAUGUACAUGAGUUGUAUGGUUUAGCAAGUAUGCAGUGUGAGAAUAUUUAUGGGGUGAUAAAUAUUAAAAAUAUUUUCAUCUAUGCCCAAGGGCCCAGAUAAUGGGGAAAUACAGGUUGGAUAGCUCCUUGACACGCAAAGCAUUAGCUGAUGACAGACGCGAACAAGUCAAAGCCCAUGGGGACCUACGGCAGAAUUAGACUGACCCUCCUCUCCCAAACCCCAGACAAACCCCCCGAGUAAAGGCCUCAAAUGUACAAACACAUAACGACGUAAGACGGGGGAAAAGAAAAAAAAAAAACCCGGCCAACGAUACAUACAACGUGGGAGGCCAGACUGAAGGCCCUCCCCCUAGACAGAUGGGCUAUAAGCAACACCCUAAAGGGCAGAACCCACGACUACAACAAGACGGACUAAAACCUCUCCAUAAGAACCAACUCCCCCCGCAGACUCCACUGACUUAGUGCGAGCAAUUACCGAGCUCUGGCCACCGUAGAGUGACAGACUUGGACCCAGACCAGCCAGACACGGCCACCUACCCCCUAACCAAGGAGGUCAGCUACACGACCUCCAGGUUCACACCUAAGAACGCCUCAAUAGUGGUGUUCACAUAUUGUUUUAAGUUUCUGUUGAUCAUGUUAUGGUUUACAAAUGUAUGUUUUUUACACAACUGUGUCAGAACAACGCUCUAUCACACGGCUAAUCCUUCUCUUAGCUACACAACCUGUGCACCCCAAGUUAUACAAAAAGCUCCAAAACAGCACAUUCAACUUCUAAAACUAUAGUAUGAAGAUUUACACGCACAACAUUAGAGGACUGAACACCCCACACAAGAGGCACACCCUUCUUAAAGACUUAAAAAGCACCCAAGCAGACAUAAUUUGCCUGCAAGAGACACCCUUCCAAUGCACCACCAGCCCAGUCCUGGGAAAGGCAACGUAGCCGCACCAGUUUCAUGCUACCGCGCCCACAAAACGCAAAGGGGUUUCCAUCCUAAUCAGCCGACACCUAGCCUUUGACGAAAUAACCGUCAAAAAAGACCCACGCGGUAGGUACAUCAUACUGAUCUGCACCAUUAAUAGCUCUACAUACCCAACAGUCAACACAUACAUGCCAAACGCAAACCAAGGUGGGUACCUUCAUAACCUCUUGACGUUCGUAACCUCAAUGCAGACAGGCACAACGAUCAUCUGCGGGGAUUUUAAUCAGUUCCAAGACCCCGCGCUAGACUCAACGGCGAAACACACACCCCAUAGGACCAAGGUACUCCACAGGCAAUGCAAGUCCUUAACCAAGCUCCUACAGGCACACGGUCUAUACGACGCAUGGCGCACAAUGCACCCAACCGAGAGGGAAUGCACACACUUCUCCCAAGUACACAACACAUACUCAAGAAUAGACUGCUUCCUCCUACAGAGCGCACACCUGAACCGCGUGGUGGCAUGCGAAAUAGGGACCUCCGCCUGGUCCAACCAUAACCCAGUGGAACUUACAUUAGCAGACCAUUAUAACUACAAAAAUAGAGGCCCUUGGAGGCUCAAUGAACAACUCCUCAAUGACCAUCAAUUGGUCCAAACACUACAAAAAGACAUGCAUGCAUACUUCCAAUCCAACGACACCCCAGACAUUACCCUGCUAACCCUCUGGAUGGCCCACAAACCGGUCAUCAGGGGCAUACUAAUAAGACGGGCAUCCCACCUCAAAAAACAACAAAACUCAUACAUACAGAACCUUAAAAAGCUACAAGACCUACAUAGAGCAAACCAAAUUGCUCUCUCCAGGGCCACGCAAGAUUCAAUCACCGACUUGCAAAAACAAAUCAACACCUCCAACUUCCAGAAAGCAAGCUAUGCACUGAAAAAAUUGAAAGCAACUACCUUUGUCAUGGGCAACAGAGCCAGCAAAACUCUGGCCCAAAGACUCAGGGACAAGCAAGCCCAAACCAGAAUCCCAUACUUACUCUCCUCCCAGGGACAGAAACUGCUCCAACCCACGCAAAUCUGCAAUGAAUUUGCAACCUACUACAGCUCCCUAUACAAUCUAAAAGACAACCCACAAGUACCCCAGCCGACCCACAGCUCCAUCUCAGAGUACCUCCGCAGAAUUGACAUGCCUAAGCUCCAAACACACCAAAUAGCCAGCCUUGCGGCCCCCAUCACCACCCUAGAGGUAACACAGAUCGACACCAUGCCAAAAGGCAAAGCCCCGGGCCCUGAUGGCCUCACCAACCUGUACUACACCACCUUCAAGGACGUACUAAGCCCUUACAUCACACGUGCCCUCAACCUAGCCACCCAACAGGGAACCUUACCACCUGAAUUCUUAGGAAAAUCACAGACGAUCUGCCCAAAUUUUAGACCUAUCUCCCUGCUAAAUGCCGAUGCCAAAUUAUAUGCCAAAAUCUAGACGGUUAGGCUCAAAACACUCUUGCCUAGCUUGAUCACUACAGACCAAGUGGGAUUCGUGGCGGGUAGACAGGGCCCAGACAACUCCCGGAAAGUACUAGACAUCCUCCACUACCUCAACCGCUCCAAACUGCAGAGCACGCUCCUAUCCCUAGAAGCUGAGAAGGCAUUUGACCGACUCAAUUGGCAUUUCCUUCAUGAGGUACUGAUGAGAUACGGGUUCCCACCAGACUUCCAAAACAUGGUAAGAGCCCUGUACAGCACCCCAUCGGCCAUGGUAUUAAAUUCGGCGUUUAGCUCUGCCACCUUCACAAUUAUCAAUGGUAUCAGGCAGGGAUGUCCCCUAUCUCCCUUACUAUACGUGCUAGCGCUGGAACCAUUAGCGAUAGCCAUCCGAAGCAACCAAAAUAUUAAGGGGUAAACCAUAGGAGACCGGGAAUACACACUUAAUUUUUUUGCGGAUGAUAUUCUCCUCACACUCUCCAACCCAACAAUUUUACUCCCCAACCUCCACAAAGAAAUAAUGGAAUAUAGCAAACACUCCUACUACCAAUUGAACCUGACCAAAACGCAAGCCAUGUGCAUAAACCUGUCAAAAACUGAGGAGGAACGAUACAAGCUCAACUUCAGCUAUGACUGGAGAAACGACUACUUAACAUUCUUAGGUGUUAGGCUAACGAAACACCACUCGGGCUUAUUCGCCACCAAUUAUAUCAAGCUCCUCAAAGAAGUGGAACAAACGUUACUCAUGGCUAGGCCGCAUAGCGGCCAUCAAAAUGACGAUUCUACCAAAAAUCCUCUACAUGUUCCGCUCCCUUCAAAUCCCCAUACAGCAGACAUAUUUACAAAGACUACAAUCCCUCCUGAUUAGAUUCAGCUGGGGAGGGAAACACCCAGAGUCCCACGUGCUUUACUAAUGCGACACCCGGAGAAGGGCGGUUUGGGACUCCCUAACCUUAAGGCAUACUACCACGCAACGCAAAUUGCCAACAUACUCCAUAUGCACUCCACCACAUACCCCCCCCAAUGGAUCCCCAUCAAAGCAAGUUGCGGAGGACAGACAGACCUCGCAGCAGCUAUGUGGACGCCCAGGAAACUGCGUAACACACCCCAGAGCACCUUGCCCACCACAAAACUAGUAUACAACAUAUGGGACAACCAUAGGGCCGCAUUUUGCUCCGCCAGACCGUGGUCAAUGGCAACGCCAUUAAAAACGAUCGCACUCUACAAUAACACAUUCCCAUAUAGAGCAUGGCAAGCACAUCAUCACACACCUACACCAAAUCUGCACCGAAAAAGGGCCACUCCCGCUCUUAACACUGCAAACCAAAUACAAUAUCCCAACACAACUUACAUUCUCACACU